AUGCCCGCCCGUAAGCGCGCUGCGUCGCCGGCCGCUGAGGAUGAGCCCCGCCGGCGGUCUCGGCGAGUGUCAAGCACUCCGAAGAAGAGCAUGUAUUUUGAGGGUGACGACGACGAUGAUGACUUUGAUGGAGAUGCGAAGGUUGAGAGUGAGAGUGAUGAGGUGCAGAGCGAAGGUGAUGGUGAAGAGGAGGAGCAACCAAAGAAACGUGGACGUGGACGGCCAAAGGGUUCAGUCGCUAAACCUAAAGCUAAGCCACAGCCCGCGCCAAGCAAGUCAAAGGCAGUGAAGAGGCAAAAGAUUGAGAGGGUUGAGGAUGAGUAUCAGGAUGACCAACCUGAAGAUGAUGAAGACGAAGAAGAGGAAGAUGAGGAAGACUACGAGAGUAGGGUCACUGUCAUUCCGCAUGAGAAACUUCGGGGUCUCGAUGGGCAGGACUACUCCGACGACACUGUUCAUAAGAAUACUAUGCUGUUCUUGAAGGACCUCAGAGCUCACAACCAGAGAUCUUGGCUGAAGAGCCACGACGGCGAGUAUAGGCGCUCCCUAAAGGACUGGAACACCUUUGUCGAAACCAUCACGCCAAAGAUCACCGAAGUGGACUUCACCAUCCCAGAAUUACCGGCCAAGGAUCUCGUCUUUCGCAUCCACCGCGACAUUCGCUUCAGCAAGGAUCCAACUCCUUACAAGGCUCACUUCUCUGCGGCAUGGUCUAGAACGGGUAAGAAGGGUCCUUACGCCUGUUACUACAUCCACCUUCAGCCAGGCUCUUGCUUCGUGGGCGGUGGGCUGUGGUGUCCCGAGGCAUCGCACUUGCAGAAGCUGAGAGAGAGCAUCGAUGAGCGGCCGCGUCGGUGGCGCAGGGUCUUGAAUGAUGAAAGGUUCAAGAAGACUUUCUUGCCAAAGUCGUCGCAGAAGGGGGGUGAGGAAGCGGCGUUGAAGGGGUUUGCCGAGACGAAUAAGGGCAAUGCGCUGAAGACUAAGCCCAAGGGUUACUUGGUCGAUCACCGUGAUAUCGAGUUGUUGAAGUUGCGCAACUUCACAAUUAGCAAGAAGGUCGAUGACAAGGUAUUUACCGAGGACGAUGCCCAAGAGCAGAUUUGUGAGAUCAUUGCCGCGAUGCACCCAUUCAUUACCUUCUUGAACAGCAUUGUCAUGCCGGACUUCAAUGCAGACGACGACGAUGAUGACAGUGACGAAGAUGAAGAGGGCGAGAACGGCGACGCGAAUGACAAUGCUGAAGAAAAUGGGGACGCAGAGGAGAUAGGGGAUGAAGAUGAGCAGGGAGGCAAAGACUGGAGCACACACAAAUUUUGA